UUGACAGGGGACUCUGGGGGCUGCAAGACUCCCAGACUCCCAGACUGCCAGAGUUCCUUCCUCCAAAGCCCAGUCACAUAAAUCCUGAGCCCCCCGGAAAGAGAGGAAGGUCGAUUUCAGAUACCCCCCAGCCCCGCCUCUUCCCCCACCCGCCCAGCUUCCUCUCUCUAUGAGGAACACUUUCACUUCCUGCUCCUCCCGGCCUCCCUUCAGAGAACAGAGGCCAGGCCAUGGCUUGCUGGCCUCCUGUGUCCUGAGGAUGGCCCAGCUGGAAGACGAGGCCUCUGCAGGCCCCAUCAACGGGGAGAGAUGGGUUCCAUCACAGGUGAAUGGAGCAGGUGAGACCCCCAUAGGGGUCCUUGGGACCCCAGAGCCACUCCUUCGCCUCUGGAGGACGUGGGGGGUGUGGCAGGUCCCAGAGCUGGAUAUCCAGGAUGCAGAAACCCUUCUUGAGCUGUGGCCUCCAGGGAGCUUCCUGGUCACGGGACAUGACCCCAGUCAGGUCCUGGUGUUGAGGACAGGAGCUUCACCAGGAGAAAUCCAUACCUACCAGAUCCAGAAGCUUCCUGGUGGUGUGUCUCUGGAAUAUUCUAACCUCUGCAUGCCAGACCUGCCCCAUCUCCUGGCCUUCCUAUCAGCCAGCAGGGAUGUUUUGCCCAGAACACUGCUCUUGCCCCCUCCCACUCUAAGGCCUGAAGACCAACAUACAGGUCCCCCACAGACUGGCAGUGUCCACCUCAAUGUCCCGGAAAGGGUGCUCUCCAUGGUGAACAAGCUCUACCUGGAGACUCACGGAGGUGGGGGGAAGGAGCAGAUCCCCCAAGAGACACCUCCAGAAACUGAAGAAAGACACAGUUCUGCCCCCAGGAACCCUGCUCCUCACCGGGUCUCCUGGAUGGAAGGCCCGCUCAGCCUGGAAGUACACCAUCCUGGGCCAGACCUGGCCAGCCUGGUGGAGGGAAAAGAGAAGGAGGACAAGGACGAGGAUGGAAACAAGGACGACUACAAAGAUGAAGAGAAUGGCCCCGAGGAUGUGCUCACCCAUCACAUCCAAGCUCUGGCCAGGGCCCGGGGCAACUAUGUGGGCAGACAGUUCCAGAGCCUUCGGGCGCGCCUCACCUCAAAUGCCAGAGGCCCCCACAGGCCUGGGGACCCGGCCACAGAGCUGCUUCAGGAUGUGCGCCACCUCCUUACUGACCUCCAGGACCACUUAUCAAAGGACCCCGACGUCAGGGCUGUUUUUGGGAGCAGGGGGCCUGGGGUCCCCCAGAAGGACUAUGAUCUUGGCGCUGCGGUGGAGGCGGCUUUGUGCCGGGCGGUGCUGGCGCCAUUGAAGCCUGCCCUGUGGGCGCGACUCCGCAAACUCCGAGCCCAGGAACUGCGGCGACUGCGGCAGCGACAAAUAGCCCUGCGGGUGGGGGCGGGGCCUCCGGGAUGCCAGGGGGCGGGAUUUGAGGGGCCGGGCCCAGCCCCCGCCCUGCGCAGCCGCAUCCACGCGCGCCUGGAGCACCUCCACGCCGCCUGCGCUCCACGCCGCAAGGUGGCGCUGCUGCUGGCGGUGUGCACUGACGUUUACGCAGGCCUGGCUCAAGGGGAGAACCAAGAGCCCCUGGGGGCCGACGCCUUCCUGCCCGCACUGACGGAAGAACUGAUCUGGAGUCCGCACAUUGGGGAGACUCAGCUGGACGUGGAGUUUCUAAUGGAGCUGUUGGAUCCGGACGAGCUACGGGGAGAAGCCGGGUACUACCUGACCACGUGGUUUGGGGCGCUGUACCACAUCGCUCACUACCAGCCGGAUGCGGGCCGCGCACCCCAGGGGCUCAGCUCUGAGGCUCGUGCCUCCCUGCGCCAGUGGCACAGCCGGCGGACACUGCACAGACAGGAUAAGCAGGACCACGCCGGAGCCCAGGUCAGCCUGCCCUUUGAGGAACCUUGGGCAAGAGACCCUGUGCCCAGAGACCAAUGAUGACGAGGGGUCUCAGACCCUCCUCCUCCUCAGGAGGUCAUCAAAAGGAUGUGACCACCAGCUGACCCAUGAGCGGGACUCAAGCAAUCAGAGGCGCCUCACUCCUUCCCCUGACCAUGGAAUGUCCUUCUGCUCACCGCCCCCACAGUGGGAGCUAUCCCAGGCACAUAGCAAGGUGCCCGAGCAAGGUGUCAUUGAGACCAUCGGGCCUUUACAUAAACUUCAAGAUUCUGGUAGGUGGAUGGGGAGACCUACUCAUCUUGCGGCGACUAGGACAACCCUCAGAAAUACCUUCCCUUGCUUAUUAAACCAACCACCCACCCAUCUGGAGCGAUCUGCCUCCUUCUUUGGUUUUUUCUUGUCCUCUGUGUUAUGGGGCCAGUUCGCAAACCAACAAUUAACAAAUCAAGCCAGGAGCCUGAAGAAAUGGGCCCUGGGAAAGGGAUGUCUGCAGGGAAACUCUCCAGUUGGCCAUCGAUGUCUGUGUGGGGAGGAGUGGCUCCAUGUGUUAGAUGCUUGUGGACCACUGCACGAGAACGGGGGACGCCCCCCAUUGCACACUGUGGCAGGCAGGGAAAUGCGAGCCUACCGAGGGGGGCUGGCCUCUACUGCCCACAGUUUGGCCCCCAGAACCUGAAGCUUGCGCUAGAGACUGGGAAGAAGAGCUGAAUUCAGGAAAAGGACAUGUGGCUCUCCAUACUCUGCUAGCUUCAGGGCUCACAGCACAGUGGGAGAGCAAAAUAAUAAGUUGCAGACCUUAGCAGGCCGUUUUGCAAAGCUAGGAGGGUGCAAAGUAUCCCAGAAGACGAGCUGAGCACGUGUACAAAGCCUGAUUAGAACAUUAAGAGGUAUGGUCCCUGGGAAAGUGAAAGGAUCUCCUGGUGCCUGACAAUGAGAUGGACCACAUGCCCCAUGCUAUCAGAGCCUUACUGCAAAGGAAAAAUUUAUAUAGAGAUCAUUCUGGACUGCUGAUAAUGGAGAAAUAUGUCCCAAAACUCUGAGGGGAAAACUUGCAUCUCUCUGUCCCUUGAAGAUAUAAAUCUUAACAUGCCUUUGAAAUAUGAACACCGCCCAGAGACUGAGGGCCAAAAGUGGGCGGGAGGAGGCUUUUCAAAAUACAGACUGCUGGGGCACCUAGCUGGUUUGCUCAGUGGGGCAUGGGACUCUUGAUCUCGUGGUUAUAGGUUCAGGCCCCACCUUGGGUAUAGAGAUUACUCAAAAAUAAAAUCUUAGGGACACCUGGGUGGCUCAGCCAAUUAAGCAUCUGCCUUUAGCUCAGGUCAUGAUCCCAGUCUCCUGGGAUCAGCCCUGCAUCAGGCUCCUUGCUCAGUGGCAGCCUCCUCCUCCCUCUCCCUCUGCCGCUCCCCCUGCUUGUGCUCUCUAACUCUCAAAUAAAUAAAGCCUUAAAAA